CAAGAUUUCAAGAUGGACGUCGGUGAAGCAACGUCGAACUUCACCAAAAGACUCGCCGAAAUGCACCCAUUAGAAGAUAUAUCGGUCAAUUUUUUGGUUGGAAUAGUGUUUUUAGUAAUAGUGGUUUUGCUAAUCUUCUUCAUAAGGAAGCUACGACGAAAAGCUGCAGCCGUAAUUCCUGCAGUUAAAGAAGUUUUAAUCCCUGAAGCCAAGCCAAGGUUUCGUAAAAGAGACAAAAUGAUUUUCUACGGGAAAAAAAUGUUACGAAAGGUAAGACAGUUGUCAGAAGAAAGAGAUGAAGGAUAUAGAAGGAAAAUAAGAAAACGACAAAAAGUCAUGUUCAACUUUGCAAAAGAGCUGUUGAGGUUUGAUGAACAUGAACCAGAAAGACAGAUCAAGGAGCCUCCUCCUGCAUUCCUGGAGGCUGACUCAGCUGAGGUUGACAUUAACGAGCCACAGCUUCCUCCUGAAGUUAUAUACAUGUUCAAGAGUGUCAGGGUAUUUGGUCAUUUUGAAAAGCCUUUGUUCUUUGAGCUCUGUAAAUACAUAGAGACCAAGUCUGUGCCUGCAAAUGGAAUGCUAUUCAAGCAAGGACUGGCUUCCUGGUAAAGCUUUCCAGGAAGUAUUUAAGAAGAAUCCAGAAUCACUGGUACGAGUGGUCCAGAUAAUCAUGCUACGAUUACAGCAAGUCACAUUUAUGGCUAUGCAUAACUUCUUAGGGCUGAGCUACGAGUUAAUCGACCCGGGUGUUCCAACUACUCGUCGCUCCACACUCACCACAGCAACGCUCCCAAACACUCUACCUCAAUCAGUCAGCAGUCCCUCAAAAACCCGGUCAUUCGAGGCACACCUUUCUGAAGUUCCUAAAUCUUCACUGAAGAAGCCGCUCGUUCUGGAUACAGCUCAAGAUGUGAACGCGUCUAAUAGUGGAAGCCCUAAUCCUGACAUCGCUGUAGCUAGCUCAUCCAGUGGUGGAAAAGCCUCAGAAAGUCCCAACCAAUCAGCUGCUAUUCCGGUAAAGAAGAAGCUCCAGCGCUCUGUCAGCUUUUCAGAGCCUACGUUUAAAGCCAAGGCAGCCCUAGGACGGUGCAGCUCCUUUACUUACAUGUCCGGCCGGGCCAGUGCAGCUUCUGCUGGAGAGUUGACCGACUCUGAAGUUGCCUAUCGUUCUUCGUCUGACUUCGACGCAGCUUGCGGUCGUGCGCGUGUCCCAAACGUUUAUCCGCUGCCCGAAACUAGUAGUAGUGGAGGCGCAGGUGCUACGUUUGAAAUUGAAAGCGAUUCUGAGUCAAGCCCCACUUCAAAAGAAUCGCGCUUCGAUUUCCCCUGUGGUCAUAGUAACGGACACAAUGUGGAGGAAUUUCCAAGCAAAACCCAAGACGAAAAAGAUGAUUUGCUGAAAACCGCUGUGCGAGAAAUAGCAAAGAAACUAGAUAUACCGAACGAAUCUAUCUUAGAUAAUAUGAUAGACAUCGCUAUUGUUUCUGCCAAUACAGUUAUAAUACAACAGGGGGAUCAGGAGUGUAAUCUACACUUUGUACUGUCUGGAACAUUACAAGUUACACAAAGCAGUAUGAAUGAUGAAACACAGAAUGUAUUGUAUACCGCAGCACCUGGUGAGUUUGUGGGAGUCAUGGCUGUUAUUACUGGUGAACCUGCUUUAUUUACCGUCAAAUCAACUAGUGAGUGUUCACUGGCUGUCAUAACGAAGGCGCACUUUUACAGUUUCAUGCGGCAGAGACCGAGAGUAAUCCUGAAUGUGUCUUACUCGCUGGUUAAGCGCCUAUCACCGUUCYUGAGGCAGAUUGAUUAUGCUCUUGAUUGGAUGCACAUUGAAGCUGGUAGAGCACUCUACAGGCAAGAUGAGAUGUCUAAGAGUAUCUACAUUGUACUUAACGGCCGUCUUCGAUCGGUAGUUAAAUUAGAAAAUGGAAAGAAAGAAUUAGUCAGUGAAGCUGGUCGAGGUGAAAUCAUUGGACUGGUCGAAGUCUUAACUCAAGCUCCUAGAGCGACUACCGUCCAUGCCAUCCGAGACACCGAGAUCGCAGUGUUACCUGACGGGCUACUGAACACAAUCAAGAGACAGCAUCCGCAUGUUGUUUCUCGUCUGAUUCAUUUGUUGGGUGAGAGAUUACUUGGUCAGUACAGACGUGGAACGGUACGAACAGAAGCUCUCUUAGAAAAUCAUCGGCCAGUAGACAAUCAGAUCUUUGGCGGGUCAAAUCUUGGGACGGUUGCACUUAUUCCUGCCUCUACAAAUGUACCUCUGGCUAACUUUAGCUUUGAAUUAAGUCUGGCUUUGAAUGCGAUAGGCACUACUUUGUUGUUAACCAGUAACUUCGUACGGAGUAACCUGGGUAGUUCUGCACUCGACAGUAUGAAUGAAUACCGUCUUGCAAGCUGGUUGGGACAACAAGAGGAUCUUCAUCGUAUGGUGUUGUAUCAGGCUGAUUCUUACAUGUCAGCUUGGACUAAAAGAUGCAUAAGACAGGCUGACUGUAUACUGAUUGUUGGAUUAGCAGAUGAAAACCCAGCAGUCGGACAGCUUGAACUUCAGCUAGAAAGCAUUCAAGUGCGAGCCCAAAAGGAGCUGAUCCUUCUUCAUAGUGAGGUUGAUAGCAAUCACCGGAUAUCGGGUACAGUACAGUGGUUAAAUGCCCGGGGGUGGAUAUCAGCGCAUACACACGUUCGAUGCCAGAAGAAAAUAUUCAGUAAGCGUUUCCUAUCUGAUCGGUAUGCAAGAAAUCCCGCAGCUUAUCAAACCCCGGCAAGGAACUCCGACUUCUCUCGCCUCGCUCGUCGUCUUACUGGGACAUCAAUCGGCCUUGUUUUGGGAGGAGGUGGAGCAAGGGGCCUGUCACAUGUAGGUGUAAUCAAGGCUUUAGAGGAAGCAGGCAUUCCCGUGGACAUGGUAGCAGGCACUAGCAUGGGGUCCUUCGUAGGAGCAGCGUUAGCUGAAUAUGGUGAUGUGGCCAAAAUGUGUCAAAAAGUGCGAGAGUGGUCAUGGGUAACGGAUUCAAUGCAAGCAUCAGGAGUUCAUUCGGAGAAAGACAAAUCGAGGACUUAUUGUUACCAUACUUCUGUAUAACUACCGAUAUCACCUCAUCUAGAAUGAGAGUACACACCGAUGGUUCACUGUGGCGGUAUGUUCGUGCUAGUAUGUCUCUCUCCGGGUACCUGCCUCCUCUAUGUGACCCUAAAGAUGGCCAUCUGCUGCUGGACGGUGGAUAUGUCAAUAAUUUACCAGCUGAUGUGAUGAAGAAAAUGGGAGCACAGACGAUUAUUGCUAUUGAUGUGGGAUCGGAAGACCAUGGUGAACUCAUGAAUUACGGGGAUCAUUUAUCGGGAUGGUGGCUGCUAUGGAACCGAUGGAAUCCCUUCUCAGAAACUGUCAGGAUCCCUGACAUGGCYGAGAUUCAAUCCCGUCUCGCGUACGUCUCGUGUGUUCAGCAGCUGGAGGAGGUAAAGAUAAGCAGCUACUGUGAGUACGUACGACCCCCUAUCGACAGGUUUAAGACAUUAGAAUUCGGAAGAUUUGACGAGAUAGUGGAGGUAGGCUUCCAGCACGGCAAGACUGUGUUCGGUGAAUGGAGCAAUUCUAAUCGCUUACCAGAAAUUCUACGCGAGCAAAUCAGCAGAUCACACAUCUAUGGUAAUCAGAAUCCUGACAAGGGAUCCCAUUCCCAUAAAAGUGGCCAGACGUUCACCGAUCUAGCCGAAAAAAUCUCUCGUAUUGACCCCCCUCUAAGAAGUCUAUCCUACGAGGACUGGAUUCCUCAUGAUGACUCAGAUGUAGAGCUCAGCUCCAGCGCUCCCGAAGCCCGACAUAUGUUCCGAAGCAUUUCCGAAGACGAAGACGAUGACAUGACGAUACGAUAUCGUCCGCGCACCGGCUCAUUGUCGGAGCACGAAGAUCUGUUAGCCCUUCAAGCGCAAGCCGAGGCUGUGGCAAAAUUUCAGACAAUAAAGGAUCUCGGGUCUAUGAGCGCAGAUGAAGCUGGAUACGAGUCUGAUAACAUUCAUCUUCGACGCCGUUUACUUGGCAGGGGAAUGAGCGAUCCUUCAGCUUAGAGUACACGUUCCUUCGUUUGCUUUAAUACAGCUUUAAUCAUUAACGUUGUCCACCGAAAAAAGACGUUUACAAAUUUACACAUUUGAAAUUGAGACCAAAAUAAAUAUCACGUUUUUCCUCGAACGUUCUGGCAUAAAACAAACGCUGAAAUAACCUUUCUCAAUCUUAAAUCCUCACUAAAUGGUCGGGGCAUUCUGGAUUUUCGAUUCACGACUUGAAUUUUACAUUUAAAGUUCAGUCUGACGCACACGAGGCAAAGAAUACAUAAUUAAACACGUGAUAUUUCUUUUAGUCUAAACAAGGGCGCCAGACGGAUUGGGUUUUAAAUGUGAUUGUUUCAGCUAUUCGUAGUUUCUAAUUGAAUUGAUAGUUAUUGAAUGGUUUCCAAUCAAAUAAGGAUAUGCUGAAAUAUUUUUAAAGUAUUGUAAAAUAUUUUACUGUACUGAAGGUAAAUUUUAUUAACUUAUUAAAGGACAGUAAUCGCUAACGAAGCGACGCCGGCACUGCUUGGCACGGAUAGUGCAGCGGUAAAUACUCAGAGCGUUCAGCUGAUUCAAACCGGAAAGACCGUUGGUGGACGUGGUAAAUAUAUUCAUAUCGUACGGCUGAUUCGAACCAGAAAGACCGUUGGAUGGAAAGUGAACAUUAUUUAGUGUCCAUUUGGAAACAAACAUAUAUCAAUUCAACUCAGUAGAAACUACGAAUAACUGAAACAAUCACACAUAUUUAAAACCCAAUCCGUCUGUCCUGGCGCCCUUGGUCUAAACGUCUAAAUGUGUAAAUGCCUUUUUUCGGUGGACGACGUUAAUGACAUAUGUGACUGUAUCUCAUGUUAUUAUACUAAAAUCUGGAACAUAAACAGGAAUCGUUUGAUAUUCAAACUGAAUGAUUUCG